AUGCCAAUCAGAAGACCAACUUUGAAGAAGACACAGGCAAAGAAGACGCCUGUAGUUGCUAAGAAAAUCGUAGCCAGGAAGAUCGUCGAGGAGCCUGCUAAAUCCUACAGGACUCUAAUCACAGAGGCAUUGGUUAGUUUACACGAUCGUAUGGGAUCUAGCCGUCAAACCCUCAAGAAAUUCAUUAAGGAAAAAUAUCCAUCAGUCGGUGCUGCUGCUAACUUUGACAUGUACUUUAAUAAUGCAAUUAAGAAAGGUGUACAGAGUGAAAUCUUUUUGCAACCAAAGGGUCCAUCUGGUCCGCUCAAAUUAGCAAAAGUGUCAAAGACCGAUGAUAAGAAGCCUUCCAAAGUGGUUGCUGCUAAGAAGGCAGUUAAAGUCACUAAAAAGAAACCUGUCGUUGCAAAGAAAGUUGCAUUGAAAAAAGCACGUAACGUUGUCGCUGAACAUCCUUCGACGUACAGAGAAAUGGUCUUGGAAGGGGCUACAAAAAUUAAUACUGGGAAAGGUGCCAGCCGUAUUGCUUUAAAGAAGUUUAUUAAAGAAAAAUAUAGCUCAGCUGGAGCAAGACCUAAUUUUGACAGUCUCGUCAACAACGCUAUUAAAAAAUGUGUCGAUUCCGGCGAAUUGAAACAACCAAAAGGUCCCUCAGGAGUUGUCAAAAUUGUAAAGAUCGAGAAGUCAUCCUCUGUAAGCAAGACUAAACCUAAGAAGAGGGCCAACGGUGUCACAAAGAAAAAAUAG